AUGGCUAUAGCAAUCUCUGUCAAGUCCCUCCUCAUCUUCUUUGGUCCUGUCCUCUUACCACGCCUCAUCACUGCUUAUCGAAGUCUGCGCGUGUCCAUCGCAAGUCGUCCACCCCCACGACCCCUCCCCGCUGCCGCAGGUCGAGCCCUGAACAUCCUCUUCGGGGGCAUUGUCUUCUUCCUCCUCCUCAGUCUCCCCUUCAACCCUCACGCCCCCGAACCCAACAUCUUCACUCUCACUCGAUCCCGCCUCAAUACCCCCACCGAUGUCAUCUUCAACCGUCUCGCCCGCUUCCGCCCCGACAACCUCCUCACCUCCGCCGACACCCUCCUCCAAUCCAAGUUGACUUCCCUCGGCGCUCGCAGGGUCUACCUCACCUUUGGGCCCGACGCCUUAGUCUCCUGCCAAUUCUGUUCUUAUGAUGAUCUCACCACCUACCUGCUGUACUAUCUGCCAUUCCACGUGCUCCUCCCCCAUCUCGCCCACCUCAUGCUCCUCGGCAUCGCGACCUCUGCCCCCCUCGCCGGCCGCGAUUCCGCCCGCUGGCGCAUGAAAUUCACCCUGGCUGGUCUCGCCCUUGCCGCAAUCGAUAUUUAUAUCAUGGCCAGCUACGACGCCAUCAAUGGCGCCCCCUUGUCCGUCCGCGCAGGCCAAAAACCCCCCACCAGUCUCUACAAUAAUAUCACGCUCCUACGGCCGCUGGCGAUCGUGGUCUGCGAUAUCCUCUGUGCAGCCGUCAUUUGGCUCUCUGCCACCCAUCGCUUCUUCUUCAAGCCUCCUUCUUCAGAGGACCAGAUCGAUACCGCGGUUCAGAUGGCUAUUCAGUCCUUGACCGGUGCGACUACGAAACUCCAUGCGAGUAGUGUGACGCGUAAUGCGGUGGUGCGGGACAAGGCGCUGAAAAGUCGUGACGAUUUAUAUUGGCAGACGAUGGCGGCUUCGGAGGGCCCCACGGGGACUGGCGGGGAAAUCCUCAACAAUAUUUGGGAAGAGGAAGAAGUGGCUCGAGCUAUGUCGCGGGCUAUGGCUGGUCAGGGUGGCAUUGAUUUGGCUCAAUUGGGUGUUAAUGCCAAUGACUUUGUUCGUGGAGUCACGGAGGGUCUGUAA